AACAGCAUCUGAAAAAGGACUUCUGCUUGUGUGGAAUACCCGGUGAUUUCAGAUCACAGUGUCACAAAAAUAAUUACAGGCUAUGUUUUGCAUACAGCUCUGUGCUGAUUGUUUAGAGAUACCUUUUUAGCAAUACAAUGGCAUGAUCUCUUAUCAUGGAUAAAAGAUCCAAUAAAGUGUUCCUGAUCCCAAUUUUAGCUGUUCUGUUUGUCAUGAUCAGCUAUCAGUAUAUCUGCCCAACCGGUAGUAACUCGUGCCAAUUCAGGGUUGGGGAGAAGUUUGCAAAAAGCCACCUUAAGUCGACUCAGUUUUCGCCAAGUGACGACUUCUACAGGGACCAGGAGCUGGUCCCUCUUAAAUUUCUGCCAAAAUUUAAUUUCUCCGAUCGGGACCUUCUGCGGCACGUGGAAUUUAACAUCAAGGGGGACGACGUGAUCGUGUUUUUGCACAUUCAAAAGACCGGCGGGACCACAUUUGGAAGGCACCUGGUUAGGAAUAUCCGCCUGGAAAAGCCAUGCGAUUGCAAGCCUGGGCAGAAGAGGUGUACAUGCCAUCGGCCGGGUAAAAAGGAGUCCUGGCUCUUCUCUAGGUUUUCAACCGGCUGGAGCUGCGGGCUGCAUGCAGACUGGACCGAGCUAACCAACUGCGUUCCUGCCAUUAUGGAAAAGAAAGAAGCCCAAAAGAACAGAAGGAACUUCUACUACAUCACACUGCUGCGUGACCCCGUGUCACGUUACCUGAGUGAAUGGAAGCACAUGCAGCGUGGUGCCACCUGGAAGACGUCGCUGCACAUGUGCGAUGGGCGCUCGCCCACGCAGGAUGAGCUGCCCACCUGCUACCAGGGAGAUGAUUGGUCAGGUGUAGCUCUGUCGGAGUUCAUGGACUGCCCCUCCAACCUGGCCAACAACCGCCAGGUACGGAUGCUGGCUGACCUCAGCCUAGUGGGCUGCUACAACCUGUCCUCCAUGAACGAGAGCGAGCGGAGCCGGACCCUGCUGAGCAGUGCCAAGGCCAACCUGAAGAACAUGGCCUUCUAUGGGCUCACCGAGUUCCAGCGCAAGACGCAAUACCUGUUUGAGCGAACGUUCCACCUGCACUUCAUCUCGGCCUUCACGCAGAUCAACAGCACACGCGCGGCCUCCAUCAACGUGGCCAAGGACAUACGCCGCCGCAUCGAAGCCCUCAACGGCCUCGAUGUGCAGCUAUAUGACUUCGCCAAGGACCUCUUCCUGCAGCGUGUCCAGUUCUCCCAGGAGCAGGAGCACCAUGAGGAGCGCCUCCGGAGGCAUCAGGAACGGUGCCGGCUGAGGGAGCACUGGGCCUUCCUCUCACAGCACCGCUGGGAGAAAGAAGAUGCCACCCCCCCCCUGGAUUAUGGCAGCCAGGUGGUGCGCUGGAAGUUUGUGUUGAAAGAGCUUGCUGUCAUUGGCGGUAUGAAGGCCGGCAGUUACCUGAGCCUUCAGAGCAGCCGUUCUGGUAGGGGUGCCGCGCUUCAAGAGGCUUAA